AUUGAUGGUUACAGCUUUGCACAUUCUACAGAUUUGAUACAUCCCAUUAAAAUUUAUAUAGGAAAUGAUUGUUUUUCUAAAUUCUCUGUUUCUUUGAUAAAUUCUUCCUGGGCUUUUUUGCAGAACUAUAAACUUUUGCCAUUUCAAAAUAGUUUCACACCUAACACUAGUUCAAGCAAAAGUAAGCAGAAUACUGGUAUACCAUCAGUGGAUUUUGAUUUAUUUCAUUGCCAGAGAUCAUUGUCUCCAAC